AUGGCGGCAGCUACUUUUCUCUCGCGGUUUUCUGUUUUCGCUAUCGUCUUUUCCUUGGCUCAUCUCUCUGGAUUUUCUCUCGCCGGCGAUCCUUUCGUCUCCUACAUUUUCGAUGUCUCUUACAUCACCGCUUCUCCUCUCGGCGUUCCUCAACAGGUUAUAGCAAUCAAUGGGAAAUUCCCAGGCCCUGUGAUUAAUGCUACCACAAACUUCAAUGUUGAUGUUAACGUGUUCAAUCAUUUGGAUGAGCCUCUCUUACUCACUUGGAAUGGUAUUGAGAUGCGGCGUAACUCAUGGGAAGAUGGUGUUCUUGGCACAAACUGUGCCAUUCCUCGGAAUUGGAACUUCACUUAUAGCUUUCAAUUGAAAGAUCAGAUUGGGAGUUUCUUCUACUUCCCUUCACUCAACUUCCAAAGAGCUUCUGGUGGUUUUGGUCCACUCAUAAUCAAUAACCGGGAGAUGAUUCCUAUCCCGUUCCAUAAACCUGAUGGCGAAAUCAGCUUUAUGAUUGGUGAUUGGUACACUCAGAACCAUACAGCGUUGAGGAGUAUACUUGACUCUGGUAAAGAACUUGGGAUGCCUGAUGGAGUACUCAUCAAUGGGAAAGGUCCUUUCAAGUACAAUAGCAGUGUACCUGAUGGAAUUGAAUAUGAAACCAUUAAUGUUGAUCCAGGGAAAACAUACAGGAUCCGUGUUCACAAUGUUGGUAUAUCGACAAGUUUGAACUUCAGGAUCCAGAACCACAAGUUGCUCUUAGCUGAAACCGAAGGUCGAUACACCGCACAAACAAACUUCACAGAUUUCGACAUCCAUGUGGGACAGUCUUACUCUUUCUUGGUCACCAUGGACCAAAACGCCUCAAGCGACUACUACAUUGUGGCGAGUGCUAGGUUUGUGAAUGAAACAGUGUGGCAAAGAGUCACAGGUGUUGGCAUUCUCCAUUAUUCCAAUUCCAAAGGAAGUGCUUCUGGUCCUCUCCCAGUUCCAUCAACUGAUGUUUCUCACCCUUGGUCUGUCAUGAACCAACAAAGAGCCAUAAAGCAAAACACAUCUGCAAGUGGAGCUCGUCCAAAUCCGCAGGGAUCAUAUCAUUACGGACAGAUAAACAUCACAAGCACAUACUUCCUGAGGAGUAUGCCUCCAACGAUGAUCAAUGGGUCGCUUCGUGCUACGAUUAAUGGGAUUUCAUUUCUGAAUCCAAACACGCCCAUGAGGCUUGCGGAUAGGCAUAAAGUGAAAGGAGUCUACAAGCUGGAUUUCCCAAACAAACCUCUUGAAAAUAGACCUCCCCGUUUGGACAGAUCUAUCAUCAACGGGACAUACAAAGGCUUUAUGCAAAUUAUCUUCCAGAACAAUGACACCAAAGUCCAGAGCUUUCAUAUCGAUGGAUAUUCCUUCUACGUCGUUGCGAUGGACUUUGGUAUUUGGACUGAAGACAAAAAAGGUUCAUAUAACAACUGGGAUGCAAUAUCACGAAGCACAGUCGAGGUUUAUCCAGGGGCAUGGACUGCUGUGCUUAUGUCUCUCGACAACGUCGGAGUUUGGAACAUAAGAGUUGAGAAUCUUGACAGAUGGUAUCUUGGCCAAGAAACUUAUAUACGAAUCAUAAACCCGGAGGAAAACGGUAAAACAGAAAUGAGUCAGCCUGGAAAUGCUCUUUACUGUGGCGCUCUCGCGUCUUUGCAGAAGGAACAGCAGCAUAGCUCCGCAACAUCAAUAGUUAAUGGACAGUUGAAUCUAAUUUUCAGCUUGAUGAUGGUUUUGCUCGCCUUGGUUUCAAUCGGUUAA